UUAGUUGUUAGCGACUUUGCCAAUCUCAAUGACCCCAACAGCUCGGUCCCAGUGGAAAAGUACUCCCAGGAAAUUAUUCUGUGUUGUUUUUCUCUGUAGCAGUUCUUAACACAAUAACAAGCUCAUACAACAGGCCUGACUGGCUAUCCGUUUAUUUGUGCUAUACUUUUUUCAGCCUCCUCCAUCACCCUAUUCUCAAGGCAAUCUGCUUAGGAGCAUGCUGUCUGAGGGGAAUACUGAUCAGUCUGCCGUUACAGCACAGACCCAGACCACUGCGAGGAUGGGGGAGGAGACAAUGGUAAUGGAGGGAAAUUUCCCAAAGGAUCACAGUCAUAACCUGCCUGCCCAGGACAUCAGUCUGGUGAAGGGCCAAAAGAAGAGCCAGUUGCUGCUAGACCGUGGCCAGUGGGCCAACAAGCUAGAGUUCCUCUUGGCCGUGGCAGGCACCUUGGUGGGGCUGGGGAACUUGUGGAGGUUCCCAUAUCUGUGUUACAAAAAUGGAGGAGGUGCAUUCCUGAUUCCCUAUGUUCUGUUCCUGCUCUCCUGUGGGAUCCCCAUGUUUCUCCUGGAGACAGCCAUGGGACAGUACACCUCGCAGGGCUGCAUCACCUGCUGGAGACACUUCUGCCCUCUCUUUGAAGGGAUUGGUUAUGCCACCCAGGUGGUCAUUGCGUAUGCUGCAGUGUCAUACAUCAUCAUCCAGGCCUGGGCCUUCUUCUACUUGUUCUCCUCCUUCAGUGCCGAGGUGCCAUGGGCCAGCUGCAGAAACCCCUGGAAUACAGAAUCUUGUGUAGAAUUUGACAAGAGGAAUCUAUCAGCUAACUGGACAGUCCCUGUGAAUGCAACUUCACCUGCGACAGAGUUCUGGGAGCGCAGGGUGUUGAGCAUCUCAACAGGGAUAGAACAGAUUGGUAGAGUGCGGUGGGAGCUGGCUCUGUGUCUGCUGCUGGCCUGGAUCCUCUGCUACUUCUGUGUCUGGAAAGGAGUGAAGUCUACUGGGAAGGUGGUGUAUUUCACAGCUACCUUUCCCUAUCUGAUGUUGAUCGUUCUAUUGGCUCGGGGACUCACGUUACCUGGAGCUAUUGAUGGGAUCAAGUUCUACCUCUACCCGGACCCUGCAAGACUGGUCGACCCACAGGUAUGGAUGGAUGCUGGAGCACAGGUGCUUUUCUCCUUUGGUAUCUGUCAAGGGAGUCUGACUGCACUGGGCAGCUACAAUCAUUAUAACAAUGAUUGCUAUAAGGACACGUUUGUGCUGUGUUUGGUGAAUGGAGGAUCAAGCUUCGUUGCUGGGUUUGCUAUCUUCUCUGUGUUGGGCUUCAUGUCAUAUGAACAGGGGCUGCCCAUAUCUGAAGUUGCAGCAUCUGGUCCUGGCCUGGCUUUCAUAGCCUAUCCUCGUGCCGUGGCCAUGAUGCCUUUACCUCAGUUGUGGUCCAUAUGUUUCUUCGUCAUGGUCAUCUUGCUGGGUGCUGACACACAAUUUGUCAGUCUGGAGUGCCUGAUGACCUCUGUGACAGACAUGUUCCCCACCGUGUUUCGAAGGGGGUACCGUCGAGAGCUGCUGCUGCUUUGUCUCUGCUCUGUCUGCUUCUUCCUGGGACUCCUUCUGGUCACAGAGGGAGGCUUAUAUUUUCUACAACUUUUUGACCAUUACGUGUGCAGUGGCAACAAUCUCCUUCUGCUCUCCGUCUGCCAGUCAAUAGCAAUCGGUUGGAUUUAUGGAGUGGAUCGUCUCUAUGACAACAUAGAAGAUAUGAUUGGGUAUCGUCCCUGGCCAGUGAUUAAGUACUGUUGGCUUUACGUCACCCCAACAGUCUGUUUGGGUACAUUCAUCUUUUCCUUGGUACAAUAUAAGCCCCUAAAGUUCAACAAAACCUAUUUGUACCCUGACUGGGCAUAUGCAUUGGGGUGGUUCCUGGGGCUCGCCUGUGUGGCUCUGGUGCCACUGUGGAUGAUCUGGAAGGUCUAUCGGUCCAAAUUGACAGUCUGGCAGAGCCUAAAACAGCUAUGUCGCCCAGAAACCAACAAGGCCCUCAACCAGAAGCAGCAAACUCCUGAACAGUGCCCUUUGAACCCAGAUUCCAUUCUUAAUCUUGAGUACAAGGGAAGUGGUGUAGUUGAGCUAGAGAUGCACACAUGACUUGCUAAUUUGAAAACAUGAUACAUAGUACUUUUGAUAUGAUAUUUUCAGUGCCCAAUUAAACAGUCCAUACGUAAGUAUUGUAUAUUUGAGGAAUAUAUGCAAAUAAAAAAUUGUAUUCAUUUUGUAUUUUUUUUCUCCAGAUCUCAGAUUGUAUUGAGGUAAUUUAUUUCUUACCUCAGCUAUUCUACCUAUACUGUAUAUACCUUAGUGGUGUAUGGUAGCCAUAUUUUUGGGAUAGGACUUUUAUAAAUGUUAUUUGCACUGUGAGUUUUCAAAUACUUUUCUUUUCAAAUACCUUUAAGAUGUGAGCUGACUACUAUGUAGAUGGUGACGAUAUAAUAAUGGGGUAUGUUUUAAAGGUUAUUUUAAAUUGUUUUAAAUGUGCAUACAGCAAGCAUUGAUUAGCAACUUAGAAAGUUAAGCAGGAACGAAGAUAGCAGGAUUUGAGCAACCAAGCCGAAAUUGAUGAGAGAAAAUGGAUAAGCAGCAGGAAUUGAGAAUCCAAGGUAGUAGACUGUUUCUGGGCAUCUGAAGGAAACAUUGGCAGUAUUCUCCUCAGAUGUGUCAAGUCAGUAUUUAAGAGGACAGUCCUUCUGGAGGUAAUUUUGCAGGAAUUCACCAAAGGCAUAAAAGCAGCAUAUCAUCCCUCAAAGACAAGGUCUUAUGGAACUCUAUGUAUGGAAAUCCACAUCUUAUGGAACUCCAGAAGCAAAUUAAGUGAAGUUCAAUUCCCUGCAGGACACAAAUAAAUUAUCCAACCAUUAGCACCUUGGAUUUGACAGAUAAAGAUAAUUGAUAAUUGUCCGAAUAACACCCCAAUUAUUUAGUUAGUAUAUUAAAUGACAGACAUGAUAUGAUGUGGAAAGGUGCGAAAUUAUGUCGUUAAACUGUCAAUUACAAUUAUCGUGAAACUGAUCUGAUUAAGGUAUUUUGUAAUACUCUUUUGUAACUCUGUUAUGAUGCAUUACAAAAUUCUUUUAUUAAACGGUUUUAUAACACUG